UCCUCCGCUCCGCCCCGGUCCUGGUGCGGCCCGGCAGGCCCGCGGGGUGCAGAGCCGAGGUCCGCGGCCGACCGCAUGAAGGACUGCGAAUACCAGCAGAUCAGCCCCGGGGCCGCCCCGCCACCCGCCUCCCCCGGGGCGCGCCGCCCCGGCCCCGCCGCGCCCCCCGGCCCGGGCCCCGGGCCCCCGCCGCCCGCCGCCGCGCCGCGCUGGAGCAGCAGCGGCAGCGGCAGCGGCAGCGGCAGCGGCAGCGGCAGCGGGAGCAUCGGCCGCCGCCCGCGGCGCAAGUGGGAGGUGUUCCCGGGCCGCAACCGCUUCUACUGCGGCGGCCGCCUUAUGCUAUCCGGCCACGGCGGCGUCUUCGCCCUCACGCUGCUGCUCAUCCUCACCACCACCGUCCUCUUCUUCGUCUUCGACUGUCCCUUUUUGGCCCGCCAGCUGACCCUCGCCAUCCCCAUCAUUGCUGCCAUCCUGUUUUUCUUCGUCAUGAGCUGCCUGCUGCAGACAAGUUUCACCGACCCCGGAAUCCUGCCCCGGGCCACCGUCUGUGAGGCUGCGGCCCUGGAGAAACAGAUCGACAACACAGGCAGUUCCACGUACCGGCCACCCCCUCGGACCCGGGAGGUGAUGAUCAAUGGGCAGGUGGUGAAGCUGAAGUACUGCUUUACCUGCAAGAUGUUUCGGCCGCCCCGGACCUCACACUGCAGUGUCUGCGACAACUGUGUGGAACGGUUUGACCAUCACUGCCCCUGGGUGGGCAACUGUGUGGGGAAACGGAACUACCGCUUCUUCUAUGCGUUCAUUCUUUCCCUCUCAUUCCUGACGGCCUUCAUCUUCGCCUGCGUGGUCACCCACCUGACGCUGCGCUCUCAGGGAAGCAACUUCCUCUCCACUCUGAAGGAGACACCAGCGAGCGUGCUGGAGUUGGUGAUCUGCUUCUUCUCCAUCUGGUCCAUCCUGGGCCUCUCAGGGUUUCACACUUACCUCGUCGCCUCCAAUCUGACAACUAAUGAAGACAUCAAAGGCUCGUGGUCCAACAAGAGGGGCGGUGAGGCCUCUGUCAAUCCCUACAGCCAUAAAAGUGUUAUCACUAACUGCUGUGCUGUGCUCUGCGGCCCCCUACCUCCCAGCCUGAUUGACCGGAGGGGAUUUGUGCAGUCUGACACCGUGUUGCCCUCGCCCAUCAGAAGCGACGAGCCAGCCUGCAGAGCCAAGCCUGAUGCCAGCAUGGUAGGAGGCCACCCCUGAACCGUGCUCAGUACUUGCCACCUGCUGGCCUGUAUGCCCCUCCGCACUCACCUGCCGCCCUCCACACCUGCCAGGACCCUCCCCAUUUCACCCGAAGGGAAGCAGAGCCGCCAAAGACUUUUUAAGUCUUUUCGUAUUUAUUUCCCACCCUGCGUGGCUUUCCCCACACUGUGCCAUGGCUGUACCCUCUGCUCCCCAAACCAGGUUCCCACGGUCUUGGGCGCUGAAUUCCCCCAGCUGAUCAGUGGCAGGAGUGACAGGAGAGAGAGGCCAGGGCUCCUGAGGCC